CCGGGUCUGUAGCUGGAGCGCCGGAGUAAGAGCAGGAUCAGCUGAACUACAGAAGAAAUGAAAAUAUUCUCCUGAAAUUCACCACCAACAACCAGGAUAUUUAUCAAAAGAUCAAAGUUAAACUGCUGAAAGAGGGGAAGCACAAGCAAUCCUGAAGAAUCUGGAGAACACACAAAAAUAGUUUGCUACAUUUAACAGACAAAUAAAGCCAAGUCCCGACAUGGAGAAACAUCAGCACUCUGUCAAGAGUUUUACUAAACAGAGUACUCUCAAAAAUCACCAGUGCAUUCACACAGGAGAGAAACCGUAUCACUGCUCAGACUGUGGAAAGAGUUUUAAUCGACAGAGUCAUCUCCAACAACACCAGCGCAUUCACACAGGAGAGAAACCGUAUCACUGCUCAGACUGUGGGGGGAGUUUUAAUCGACAGAGUCAUCUCCAACAACACCAGCGCAUUCACACAGGAGAGAAACCAUAUCACUGCUCAGACUGUGGGAAGAAUUUUAAUCAACAGAGUACUCUCAAAACACAUCAGCGCAUUCACACAGGAGAGAAACCGUAUCACUGCUCAGACUGUGGGAAGAGUUUUAAUCAUCAGGGUCAUCUCAAACUGCACCAGCGCAUUCACACAGGAGAGAAACCGUAUCACUGCUCAGACUGUGGGAAGAUUUUUACUACCCAGAGUGAACUUAAACGACACCAGCGCAUUCACACAGGAGAGAAACCGUACCACUGCUCAGACUGUGGGAAGAGUUUUAAUCAACAGGGUCAUCUCAAACUGCACCAGCGCAUUCACACAGGAGAGAAACCAUAUUACUGCUCAGACUGUGGGAAGAGUUUUACUACCCAGAGUGAACUUAAACGACACCAGCGCAUUCACACAGGAGAGAAACCAUAUUACUGCUCAGACUGUGGGAAGAGUUUUAAUCAACAGAGUACUCUCAAAACACACCAGCGCAUUCACACAGGAGAGAAACCGUAUCACUGCUCAGACUGUGGGAAGAGUUUUAAUCAACAGAGUAGUCUCAAAAACCAUCAGCGCAUUCACACUGGAGUAAAACCAUAUUACUGCUCAGACUGUGGGAAGAUUUUUACUACACAGAGUAAUCUCAAAAAUCACCAGCGCAUUCACACAGAAGAGAAACCGUAUCACUGUUCAGACUGUGGGAAGAGUUUUGCUACACAGAGUCAACUUAAAAAUCAUCAGCGCAUUCACACAGGAGAGAAAACUGUCCCAAAUUUGUUCCACGGCAAUAAAAAGCGCAAAUCGUAAAUCUUUCAGACAGACCACCUUAUCCUACACAAAUGUUUCACUUUGUCACUUGGGACACGUUCCACCAGAAAUAAACAUGAACUGAAUUUAACAACGGAUUUUACAGAUUCAGCAAAAUGAAUCUGAUCCAGAUGAUGUUUAUUGAAAUUAAUGUUAUGUUUUCUCGUAUGUUUGAUAUUCCAGGACAUUCUCUCGUUGAUGUACUUUUACUCUUUUCUAAUAUAUAUUUAUAUAUAUAUGUAAUGCUGAAACUAUUUUUCCAGUAAACUUUCAUACAUUUUAUAUUCUAA